AUGGACUACUCGUAUCUGAACCAGGCCGCGGCAGCGGCGGCCGCCGGCUUCGAAGCGUCCAGCUGCGCCCUGGCCGCCGGCGAGAUGCAGUGCAGCUACGGCGACCUGAGCUCCUGCUCGCAGAUGAGCCAAGCGGCAUACCGCUACACCGCGGCACGAGCCGCCGGCUAUCCCGGCAACGCUGCCGCCGCCGGUGCCGCCGCCGCCGCGGGCACGCCGCUCGCGGCCCAUCACACCGCGCACCCCCACGCUCACGCGCACCAUGGGGCCCACUCGACCCCGUGCUCCGUCAUGGCCGCCAGGUCCCAGGAAGUCCACCGGCACGCCGCCUCCAUCUUCCCCUCGGCCAUUAAUCUUCAGAGCGGUCUGGGCUACAAGGCUUACUCGGGGCACGACGGUCUCGCGGAAAAGAGGAAACAACGUCGGAUACGAACGACAUUCACGUCGGCCCAGCUGAAAGAGUUGGAACGCGCGUUUCAGGAGACGCAUUACCCGGACAUCUAUACCAGAGAAGAAAUCGCCAUGAAGAUCGACCUGACGGAAGCUAGAGUGCAGGUGUGGUUCCAGAACCGGCGCGCUAAGUUCCGCAAGCAGGAGAGGUUGGCCCAGCAGAAGUCCACGUCGCAGGCCGGCAUCGGCGCCGACAGCGGCGCGUCCAGUCCGGUCGCCGGCACCGUGAAGGCGGAGGGCCGCUCGCCGAGGAGUCCGGCGACGCCGCCCGGCAGCUCGAACAGCGUGCUGUCGUCGAACGAGAUCAAGCCGAUCGCCAACCAGAGCCUGGUGAACGUGAAGCACACUAACGCGGACGGCGACGGCGGCUCACCGAACGCGCGGGGCGCCGGCGGCGGCGGCGGCACCUGGGGCUCCUGCAGUCCCAGACCUUUCUCAGCGGCCUUGCCGCCUUACCUGCUGGAUCCACUGCCGCUGAAAACCGCGAACCUCUACUAAGCGGCUCGUCGUCCUCCCGCCGUGUCGCAUCGGAGGUUGUAAAUACGUAAAGCCGGCCGCGUCCGGGAGAGAUCACGCGUGGAGACGACGUCGCUCGCACCUUAAAGCUCGCAGCAGGAAGCUCGCAAUCAGAAACUUGUAACCAGGAGCUCGCAGCAAGAAGCUCGCAGCCGAAAGCUCGUAACCUGAAGCUCACAGCCGAAAGCUCGUAGCCCCCGUUUCCCGGCUCCGUUCUUUGCCGCACGUACGCUCGCUCGCAGAAGCUCGCGGCAUCCUCGAAGAGCUGAGGUUGCUCGAAGGAUUAAUCCACCCGGUAAAGACGCGCCGCUGAUAUUUUUUUCUACAGACAGACGGGACAGACGGAGACAUUCAGGCGCGGCCUGCCUCGAGGCAGCGUCUGUCGAGACGCACUCUGAGCUUUUUUGCUUAAUAAUAAUAAUCGAAGCGAAGUGUCGCGUUCCAACGAGGAUUACGUUCAUACGAUCGAACGUUUGUCGGCGGCUCGUUAAAGAUCGAGAAUCGUAGUAAAUGUCGCUUGACUCAGAUUUCGCUGCUUCUUCAAUUUACUGGCGGAAUGAUUUCUGACGAAUUUCGGCCGACGAGAAUUUGUCGCGCUCCAAGUUCGUCUUGUCGUUUUAUUUUCCUGUGAUACGCGUUCCAAGAGAGAGAGAGAGAGAGAGAGAGAAAGAGAGAGAGAGUAUACUAUGUUCCUUCUAACGCGAUUUUUUCCGUCGUUUUAAUUCACAUGCGUUUUACGUGCUCGCGGCUGGUGGCGUAAAACUCGGGAAACGCUGCCUCGACGUAUCGCUCAACCAGCUUGAAACCGAGAUUCCUGGUCCGAGAUGACUGAGGCCGAUAUGAAUGGAGCGAAAUUUCGGAUCGAAUUCGAAUUCCGAUUAAUAGCGGAGUUACCGAGCGUCUACCUCAAACGAGAGCUUCAACGCUUCCGAGGGAUAAAAAAAGCGAAACGCACGGCGCGAUCGCAGCCGACUCUACGUGUCCGCGAAUCGCGAAAGCGCAGAUAAUUCCGCGUCUCUCUGAAAAUCUCGAACCAUUGCGAAAAGUAAUUGAAUCGAUCCCCGAGGAAAUCGCAUUACACACGCGAAAUCGUUAUCCGAGGAUCCCACGGAUAUGCGGGAUCGUCGUUAUAUCAAGGGGAGCAUUUUUAGGAGCGAGCCAGCUGGAUCUAUAUCAUUUUAAUUCGUCACGAAUAAUAAAUCGUGCAUCGUGAAUCGUGAAUUACUCACUGGCGAUUUAACGAGGCGGUAACUCAGAAUGGAAAGCCGAGUCCGCGUUCAAUAUUAAAUGGAACUAUUGUGACCGUUAAUUCAACCGCGGAGUCGGUAAUUCUAAAGUGCUCUAAAUAUUAUACCACGUCGUCUUUAUUCAUUUAAUCCCUCCGUUGUAAUUAUAUCCACGGGACGAGAUGAGUUUUACACUCUCGUAGACGAGAGAGGGACAAGGGGAGAAGGGGGGGAAAGGGAGGGAGGAAAGAGAGAGACUCGUCGCGGAACUCUAACUCGCCGUGGAACGUUAAGCUCGCUUUUGCGGUACACACGCUCCCCAAUCUCAGUUAUAUCUCACCGAUAACACACCGAAUUGUUAGGAUUAACAGCGAGAGAGACAGCGGGUAGAAUAGUGUCUGUAAAAGUACUAUCGAUAUCGCCACGAGCAUCGCACUAUGGACACACGACUGGCGCUUAGUUCACCGGGAUUGAUUUGCACGACCGACAAAUUAUUCGCGGCCACGUUUACAUUACUCGCCGAAGUCUCCCGCGCGAUAUAUUUAUCGUAUAAUAAGUAGCGGAAUAACCGAGGAAAAAAAAAAGUAUAUACCUCCACAAGUAAGAUCCUUGACGCAGAUACCGAGCGUGCACUUCGCACACCGAUUCGACACGCGCGAUUCCGGCGACCUGCCGAUCGAGUAGCCGAUCGAGACGGAUCGAUCGGAUGUCGCAGAGGCGAUCGGCGGACACGGGGAAUUUCUCUCUCGCUCGAGACAUCGCGUCGCAAAAGCCGAUCACUCGAUUCCCGCGGAAUUUUCCGAAAUUCCACGGAAGGGAGGGGGUCCGAGCUGCUGGUUUAAAGGCGUCGCCAUUUUCCGGGCUGACUGAUUAAAACGAACGCGUCUAUCGAUUCGAUGGACAUUGGUCUCACGUAUUCUCGUCUCACAACUGUAUCUAUAUCCCCCGAUCAUUCAUUCUUCAAUUCCUCGAGAGGCGAGGAGGGGAGAGAGAGUGCGCGCGACACACGACGCGCGAGGGAAGUUUUCUCGCGUCGCGAGAUCGAUCGCUACGCCGUCGAGGCGAUCCGUACCGGUUCCGCAGAUCGGCGGAAUCCUCUCUUUAGGAUGUCCUCCUUAAGAUAAAUACUCACACACAUACCGUCCUGUAUGUCUCGUACCAAGAAGAGCGAGGGUACCUGUCUUAUCACAAUACGAUGGACAAUGUUUGACGACGGUGUGACUCGUUGGUCACGGCGUCGAUAACGAGCGCACCUUACUCCGCGUAUGUAUAGUUUAUCGAUUACGACUGAAUCUAUUUUAUAGUGAGAUGUAUAAAUGUACAUUAGUUAAGGCGAAGGUAUGUAUAGUUCUAUCUGAACGGUAUAUCUUUUCUUUCCACGUGGUCUCGUCGAACGAACUCGCCGUGACCUUUUAGAGGGCCAGCGAACGAGAGUCUCAAUUAUCGAUCAAUGUCACCGAUGAGCGGAAUUAAGCCGGACGCGUUGGAAAUCGUGACGACCAUUUUCCUCGAGAUCUCCCCCCCCCCCGA